UGUUUACUUAUUUAAAAACAUAUGUAUUUACAACUUUGUUUUAUUUUAUUAUUAAGGAUUCAUAAUUUGGUGUUACUGCUUUUUACUUUUUUAAGCUGCUUUAGGUUGCAUGCAACUUUUGAGGAAUGCUGUGGUGUAUUUUUUACUUGCAACUUUGUCCUCAACUGCGUGCAUACCUUGUGGGAACCUGUAUUUCCAGCCGAACUUGAGGUAGGCAAAUGUUGAGAGGUGGAAUUGAUAUUUUCUUGCAUGAACACCCUUCCUUUACAUGUACAUUCACAGCAACCAGGCAUGGAUCCUGCAUCUGAGAGGCAGAUCUGCUCGGAGCUGUUGCCCCCUGAGAGGAGUGGACACACGGCUGUGGUGGAAGACAACCUGCUGUAUGUGUGGGGAGGCUUUAGGUCAGUUGCUGGUGAAGUCGUCUAUCUACUCAGUGAUGAAAUCUGGGUAUAUGACUAUGAGCGAGGUGUAUGGAAACUUUUCAACACGACAGGGGAAGUCCCUCCCUCUAUGUGUGGGACCUGCGGCUGCUUUCUGAAUAGACACUUGUACAUAUUUGGAGGUUGUGAUGACAUUGGAGAGACCAAUGAGAUCUACUGUGUCAACCUGACAGACGGCAAAUACACAUGGAGGAAGAUCAUACAUGACAUUGGCUCUGCUCCCUCACGUCGAGACAAACUGUCCUGCUGGGUUUACAAUGGAAAAAUCAUCUACUUUGGAGGAUAUGGUGAGAAACCACUGGAUGAUUUUGACAUCAGGGACAAAAGCUUCAUUAUAGAUGCAGCAUCAUGGUUAGAGGAUGUCCUCUGGGGAUGGAACAACGAGGUUCAUAUAUUUGACCCCAUGAAAGCCAGUUGGAGUGAACCACAAACCCAUGGUCGUGCCCCAGCCCCCAGGGCAGCCCACGCCAGUGCCACUCUUGGUUGUAGAGGAUACAUUUGUGGAGGCAGAGUCGAGGGAACUUGGAUGAGUGACAUUCAUUGCCUCGACCUUGAAUCAUGGACGUGGUCAGAAAUAAUCCCGGCGUCCAACUAUCCAGUGGGCAGAUCGUGGCAUACGAUCACAGCGGUAUCAGACGGCACCUUGUUUCUGAUUGGAGGCCUCAGUGUAGACUACAAACCAAUGAGUGAUCGGUGGUUGUUUGAUGUUAAAACGAAAAAAUGGAGAGAAGUCGAGCAUUCCUUUAAGUCUAAGCCAAGGUUGUGGCACACAGCGAGUCCAGGCAAUGACUUCGAUGUGAUUGUGUUUGGUGGGAGUUGUGACUACAUCCAUGAUGUCUUCACAGGCCACUGCAAUGAUGCACUAAUUUUGCAGAUGCAGCCAUAUCCUCUAUUCAGGAUAUGUGAGGACUACAUUGCAAAGACUGUGUGGAACAAUAAAGUGCUCAGAAAUCAGCUUCCUCUCCUGCCUCUCAAACUACUGACAGCCGUACAGAGGAGGACGUCUUUCUACAGGCCUUCAAAGAAUCAACAGCAUUAGUUAAACUAAUUUCUUAAAUACUAUGCACAAAGUAUCCUCACGUAACUUAUCAUUUAUGUACUUGAGUGGGGUAGCAUUUUUAUUUUUUAACUAUACUGUGCAAAUGUUUUAUGGUGUUAAAUGUUAUUGUUUUUAUUUACACAUUUGCAUAUUACAUAUUUAUAUACAUAUGCUAUUUUAUUUUGCACUGCCCCGUGAAAUGCACUUUACAACUGUUGCAGUUGUGUUAUUGAUUAAAUGGCAUGUGAAAAAGGUUUUGUCUGGGUUUUAA